AUGGCACUGCCCCUGUUAUUGACAAUACUGUAUGAAUUGGUGAUGCUGUUGAAAUGCACUGAAGGAAAGACACAAAAGAAAUUCGAUCAUCUAUUUCACAUCCUGCUUCAAAUCUACGUCAUAACCAUAUAUUAUUUAGGGCUAAAUUAUUACAUCUUCUGCAACACCUUUUUGAUUCUAUCCUUCAUAGUUAAUAUAGGAUGCAACAAGACUUCAGAAGACUAAUAUGAACACUCCACAAUAAUUAGAUUGACGAUCAUAUUUUAUCGCUUUUGCUUAAUAGUCUCCGUAUUGUGUAUCACCUUGAAAUUGAGUUCCUACGUGAAUUGGUCAUGGGCACAAACCUUCUGGUGGUACUGGAUGUUUCUAAGCGGCCUAGUUGGAACGACCAUCACAAUUCUAUUGAUCCUCAUCUCAAAACUAUUCAGCAUUUAUAAUCGCUAAGAAAUUCUCAAUUAUAAAAGUGAAGUUAAAACAUUGAUAUGGACCCUAUACACUAGCAUUCUAAGUAGUCUAAUCGCUGGGACUUGGAUAAUCAACACUCUCAAUAUUUUAGACGUUGACUUGGAUCUGAAGAUUGGAGAUUGCAUUAUGUACAUACUGAUUUCUUUUAACAUUGUGAUGUUUAGUGCAAUCUCCAAAUACCUUUUUAAAGACAUCGUAGAAUUUGCAUUGUCAUUAAAUCAAUUGGAAUCUCGAGAUUCAUCACCCAAUACUCCAUGUCAGGAUUAGAGGAUCAAAAAAGAACCAACCAAAACAUAGAUAUUCUUACAGAAAUUUUCAUCAGCCUAUUUCAAAUAGAUCAAAGAUCCUGAAAUAGUCAUAUUAAAAUGUACUAAUCAAAAUGAAAUUGAUACUGAACGAAAUACGAAUAAUAAUAAAAUCGUUUUAAAAUCUUAAGACCCUCAACAACAAUCUGAUUGCAAAUGCAUCAUUUGUUGCGAAAGACCUCCAAAUGCUGUCCUCAUGACUUGUGGUCAUGGAGGAAUCUGCUAUUAGUGUGCGAUUUAAAUGGCCUAGAAGAAUAAGGAAUGCUUUUUAUGUAGGUAAAACAUCAAGGAGAUCUAUGAAAUUUCAGACAAAGAUUUGAGCAUUCUCAAAAGAGUCAUCUCUAAAACGAGAAUAUCUAGUUGA